UACAUAACCAAACACACACACAAUCCAAACUCUCUCUCAUAAACCCGUAUCUGUCUAAACUUCUGUUUGAUUGAUCCAAUCUUUCUCGAAGGACACAGAUCACUUCAAUGGCCGAUCAUCAACAGCAACAGCCAGAGCUCUUCGAACUCAACAAUGGGACCAUGCAGGUCAAGGUCACCAACUAUGGUUGCAUCAUCACCUCCUUGUCUGUACCCGACAAAGAUGGAAAAUUAGCUGAUGUUGUUCUUGGAUUCGACUCUCUUGAACCAUAUCUGAAAGGUGCUGCACCUUAUUUUGGCUGCAUUGUCGGUCGGGUUGCGAACAGGAUCAAAGAUGGGAAGUUUACUCUGAAUGGGACUGAAUACUCUUUGCCCAUCAACAAGCCCCCAAAUAGUCUUCAUGGUGGGUUCAAGGGUUUUGACAAGGUGGUUUGGGAAGUCGUUGAACAUAAAAAGGGUGAAAAUCCAUCAAUCACCUUCAGAUAUCACAGUCGUGAUGGCGAGGAAGGUUACCCAGGCGAUGUCUCAGUAACUGCGAUGUAUACGCUUACUUCAAAGACAACAAUGAGGCUUGACAUGGAAGCUGUGCCUAAAAAUAAGCCCACCCCGAUCAAUUUAGCUCAGCAUACCUACUGGAACUUAGCUGGCCACAACUCCGGCAACAUUCUUGACCAUUCAAUUCAGAUAUGGGCUAUGCAUGUAACUCCUGUGGAUCAGAACACAGUCCCAACUGGUGAAAUCAUGCCAGUUAAAGGCACCCCCUUUGAUUUCACUACGGAAAAGAAGAUUGGUAGCUCUAUCCAUGAGGUUGGCUUAGGUUAUGACCACAAUUAUGUGCUAGACUGCGGGGACGAGAAAUUAGGCUUGAAACAUGCUGCAAAAAUGAAGGACCCAUCAAGCUCAAGGGUUCUGAACUUAUGGACCAAUGCCCCUGGUAUGCAGUUUUACACCGCUAACUAUGUGAAUGGAGUCUUUGGUAAGGGUGGUGCCGAAUAUGGAAAGCACUCAGCGCUUUGCUUGGAGACACAGGGAUUUCCGAAUGCCAUUAACCAACCGAACUUCCCUUCUGUUGUUGUUCAACCGGGUGAGAAGUACAAGCACAGCAUGUUAUACGAAUUUUCGGUUGAGUGAGUUACUAGACUCUGAAGGAGUAUAUAAAUGAAUAAAGUCUGCCUCAUGUUGUUUUCAAGGUUUAUGGGUUUAUCUGAAGAUGGAUGAUGAUACAAACCUAAAAUAAUAAUAUGAAUCUUAGACAAGGUUUUUUGAGAUUGUUUUUGUGAUCCAAGUGUAGAGGAUUUAUUCUUCGUAUGAAAGGUAGCAUAUUGACCGGUGUAGUGCACCUAUCUCAAA